GAUAAUUGAGAGCAGUGUUGUUGUACGCGUGUUUUGGCGUGUGGGAUCUGCGUGCGCGCUCCCGUGUGUAUGUGUGUGUGUGUCAGUGCUGAGGGCUUGGAUUUCUCCGCGCUCCCGCUCGGUGGCUCUCUAGAAACGGCGAUCCGGCGCUGCAAAUCCCCCCGGCAAACAUGUCCAAGCUGGAGCAGGUCCUCAUCCUCGAUCCUCCGACUGAUCUCAAAUUUAAAGGUCCGUUCACAGAUGUCGUCACGGCGACCCUGAAGCUGACGAACCCGUCAGACAAGAGAGUGUGUUUCAAAGUGAAGACCACAGCACCACGUCGGUACUGCGUACGGCCCAACAGCGGCGCCAUUGACCCUGGCGCCUCCAUCAGCAUCUCAGUUAUGCUACAGCCCUUUGACUACGAUCCCAAUGAGAAAAGUAAACACAAAUUCAUGGUGCAGACCAUCUUUGCACCGGCCGCCAUCACAGACACAGAGACCAUGUGGAAAGACGCAAAACCCGAUGAGCUCAUGGAUUCCAAACUGAGAUGUGUGUUUGAGCUGCCUUCUGAAAACGAUAAAAUGAACGAUGUGGAUGCUGUGAACAAGGCUGCCCCCGUGUUAGCCUCCUCCAAGGUGGAAGGACCGUCUGCACCCAAACCCGCAAGCGCUGCCCUGGAUGACACGGAGAUGAAGAAGGUUAUUGAAGAGUGCAAGCGACUGCAGACGGAAAUGAUCAAGCUGCAGGAGGAGAACCGGCAGCUUAAGGAUGAUGGAUUGAGACUGAGGAAAGCUCAGCGACCCGAGCAUACGGCCGCCAACUCCAGCUCUCUGAUUGGCCGAGAGGUGGCCACCAGCUCCAUCCCAUCACUCCUGGUCGUCAUAGCAGCCAUCUUCAUUGGAUUCUUCCUCGGCAAGUUCAUCCUGUAGAUGGACGCGUGGAGGGGAGUCUGAUGUGUCUGCCUGCCUAUCAACCGGUUCCGGAGAGAGGGAGGGAAUGAGAGAGGGAAAGAAAGAGGGAGAGCUCACACGGCCUGGAUGAAAGGAGAAUGUCUUUCUGUUGACUUUGCCAUAUCAUUGGUAGCUGGGCCAGCGGCAGAAACACACAUCUGUGCGGCAUCAUAACGUCCUCAGCCUCACAUACGGUUAGUCCAACACACGAGAGAGAGAGAGAGAGAGAGAGAGAGAGAGAGAGAGAGAGAUGGAGGGAGAGAAAGAGAGAACAAAAAGCAGGAGCAGAAGUAAGUCUCUUUCCCCUCUCUGUCUCUUUUUAUUCCCACACCGUUCUUUUCUUUGUGCAAUGGACAGAAGGUAACUCAGCAAACAGGCUUAAAACACAGCAAUGGUUUGAGAGAGUGUUGAGACCAUCACACAAAGAAAAAAGACACAUCUCAGAGAUCCAAAUUAUAAAUGUGUUAAUAUAAAUAUUUUUGUCCCCCACAUCACCACUACAACCACCACCACACUCCUCGCCUCUCUCUUUCUCGUUUUAUUAAAAGUUCAAUGGAAUGUUAGGUGUCUUGUAAAUGUAAUUUUAAUCCUUUUUAAGAAAAGGAAAAGCAACAUCAAUCAAAACAAAAAAGACCUUGUGACCCUUUUCACCCCCGGCAGCCUCAGAAAGACGGCAGAUAUUUCUACCCUUCGCUGCCUCUCCAUUUCCACGGGAACGUCAACAGUUGGGCUGGGAACAAAGAUGCCUCCUUUUGUACAUUUGUCUUUUUUCCUGUCCCUAACGAUACCAAUGCAGACUUUUAUUACUGUUAUAUCAUAUUAUUAAUAUUAUUGUUCUUUAUUUUCCCUCAAUACAAAGCAUUUAUCCCUACUUGAGGCAAAUGUUGACUGAAGUUCGAGUCUACACCUCUCCUGUCCUGUUCAAUGCUAUUCAACAUUAAAGAAAUAAAUAAAGUGGGAAAAAAAAACUCCAUUUGUACAGCUGUG